CGGUGUUCUGGGUCGGCUGCGGGCGCGGUGCGAGUGUCUCGGCGUAGGAGGGCAGGGCGGCCGGCCCCUCCCACUCCGCCUUUUCUCGAGUGUCCAUACCCGGGCCUGACAGCGGGCGCCGGGCUGCGGGCGAGUGUGCGCGGCGACCCGGGGCACCGAAGGCGGUGGGUGUACGAGGACCGCGGCUGACCUGUUGGCGUCAUGCGCGCCCUCCAGGGUCUGCGGGGGCCUCGGGCGCCGUCCCUGCCGCUGCUCCUCCUGUGCUUCCUCGCCGCGGUGCGCCGGAGCUUGGAGGACGGCCUCUCCACAGCUGCACCUUUUACAAGUCUACCUGUCCAGGAAGAAAUGACGACAAAGUACUCUAAUCUUUCUUUGGAGAGUCAUAACCUAUCAGUGACUGCUGCACCUAUUACAAGUCUACCUGUCCAGGAAGAAAUGAGGACAAAGGCUGCACCUAUUACAAGUCUGCCUGUCCGGGAAGAAAUGACGACAAAAUACUCUAACCUUACCUUGGAGAGUCAUAGCAUAUCAAUGACUGCUAUGCCUAUGAAAGAAAAUAAUAAAGGGAACCAAAUCUGUGUUGACAGAGGAAUAAUGCUUCAAAGGAAUGUUACAUUAGAACGCCCCAAUAUGCCAGCAGAAAAAAAUAUCACUUUAGAAAGACCUUCUAAUGUAGAACUCACAUGCCAAUUCACACCAUCUGGAAAUUUGAAUUCAGUAAAUGUGACUUGGAAAAAAGGUGAUAAACUACUUGAGGAUAAUUAUCUCGUCAAUGCAACGGGAAGUAUCCUGUAUACCCAAUAUAGGGUCGCUGUCAUUAACAGCAAACAGAUGGGAAGCUAUUCUUGUUUCUUUGGAGAGAAAAAGCAACAAAGGGGCACAUUUAAUUUGAAAGUUCCUGAAAUUAAUGGAAAAAACAAACCACUGAUCACUUACGUGGGGGAUUCAGUUGUCUUGAUAUGUAAAUGUCAAGAUUGUCUUCCUUUAAAUUGGACCUGGUACACUGGCAAUGGGAGUGUACAGGUUCCUAUUGGUGUUCCAGUGAAUGAUAAGUAUGUGAUCAGUGGAAAACAUGCUAAUGAAACAAAGCUGAAGAUAACGCAACUUUCAGAGGACGAUCAGGGAACCUACUGGUGCCAUGCAAUAUUCGAGUUAGGGGAGAGUGAAGGACACGUUGAACUCGUCGUGCUCAGCUAUUUGGUACCCCUUAAAGCAUUUUGUGCAAUAGCUGCCGAGGUUGUUCUCUUAGUGGCUAUUAUUCUGCUUUUUGAAAAGUAUACUCAAAAGAAAAAGAAGCCCUCAGAUGAUGGGAAAGAAAUUGAACAAGGUGAACAGCUGAAAUUGGAUGAUAGCAAUGGUAUAGAAAAUAGUGGCCCUAGGCACAGAAAAAAUGAAUCCGUGGGCCAGUGAGUGACAAACAUCAUGUCAGGAGUCACAGGAAGACGUACAGAGAGUUUGCAUUUCAGCUUUAUUUCUGCUUCUUGUUAAGAACGUGUGACUUUUUUUACUUUUAAAAGGAUGAAAAGUUUAUGUAAAAUGCUCAGUAGUAGCUUUGUAAAUAAUAUAUGCAAUUUCAGAUCUACAGAUAUAGUUUCAUUCUAUAUUUUACACUAAAGCAAGGUAAAUUACAUUAAGUUUGUGCUAUGAGCUAUAACCCAGGAUAAUUAAUUUCAUUCCAGUCCUUAAGGGACACGCAGAACGACACCAGCAAAACCAAAUAGUACACAGAGUGAAUGUCACUCAAGACCUGUUUAUUACCAAAGAAUUCAUUAAAUACAAAGCUUUGCCAUUUGUCUUAAAAAGGUUUUUUCCCCAAUCAUGUUUACUAGGUGAAGUGUUUGUAAUAAUUCCCUGUAAAGUUCAUUCUUCAGUCAUAUUGAAAAGAAGUGUCAUCAAGGGGAAAUUAGCACUUUCUACCUCUGUUAAUGAUGGUUACUGUGCAGUUACCACAAGGAAAACAUACUUUUCCUAUGAAAACAUUGGUUGAAGGCAAAGAAAUAAAACCAUACACUUGCCCAUCUCCAUCUCCACCAAAGCAAAUUUCUCAGUCUCAUUCCACUCAUCUCCACUGUUCUCCCACAUUAAGCUAAAGUGAUUCUUAGACUUCCUAGAGAGCAUUUUUUAUUUUAAGCUGUGGGUUUUGGAUUUCUUAAGUUACAGCUGUUGUUGAUGUUGUAGGAUUAAGGUUCACAUAGACAUGAUGUCUCACUGCUGUAGGCAUGCUUCUGUGUUUCACGGUGGUAUCCAUGGCUGGCUAAAUAUCUCAAAAAGCAUCAUUAGUGGUUCAUAAUACUAAGGCCUUUGUCUGAAAUCAAGAAAUAUUAAAGUUGUUCUAUGUU